AUGGCGUGCAAUGAAUUGCCACUUUUAACAAUGAUGAAUUUCAUACAAGAAAAAUUGCAAAGCUGGUUUUAUGAAAGAAGGACAACUGCACAAGGAAUAUUCCGCGAGUUAUCAAAUUGGGCAGAAGCAACAUUGGAAGAAAAAAUUAAACCAGCUUUUAUAUUUAGAGUAUUGCCCAUUGAUCGACUCAAAUUCAAUGUCAAAGAAGGGGGUAUGGAAUUCAUUGUUGAUCUAGACAAAAGAACAUGUGAUUGUUCUGAAUUUCAGCUAGAUGAGAUACCCUGUGAACAUGCAAUUGCUGCAAUUGAAAGUAUAUAUCAGAAGAAAUCAGCCUUUUGCUCGACCUAUUAUUCAAGGGACUUUUGGUUGAAAACAUAUGAAGGGCAAGUAAAUUCUGUAGGUGAUUCAACAACAUGGGUUAUACCAGACACUAUUAAAUCAGUAAUCACUAAGCCUCCAGAUGCAAAAGUAAUGCUAGGAAGAAGACAGAAGAAUCGACAUGUUUCCGGUACAGAAUUCAAGAAGGAAACAAGAUAUGGUCGUUGCAAAAGAUAUGGGCAUAACAGAACAAAUUGCAAAUUCUGCUGUAGUUCAUCCUUAUGCAAGAAAAUACAGGAAAAAAAUGAUUGA